GAGUGUGUUUGAUGAUGGUUUGAUGCGGGACCCCGUCAUCUUUCAUCUUUGGAUGCCUAUGGCGGGAACGUUGUUCGGUUUUGCAAUCAGCGUCACAGACAAUUUGUAGGUUAUGUUCAGUGCUGGUUAGCACAACGACGCAUCAAACGUGCACGUGCUAUUUCAAAACGUCUAGAUAUCGUUUGGAUGGAUGCAAAUAAAUAAUAAAUUUUAUUUCGUUAAUUUUUCCGCAAUAAAAAAUGGUACGACACAACAAUCAACUACCGGACAAUCUUCCUCAACUGCAAAAUUUAAUCAAGCGUGAUCCGGAGUCAUACAAAGACGAGUUCUUGCAACAACACCGUCAUUACAAAUCAACUUUGGAAGUCUUCCGACUGACGCCUGAUACAUUCAACAAAAGUCUCGAUGAAUUGGUGAUUUUUCUUGCACAGGUAGCUCAUUGCUAUUCGGAAGAGUUGACAACUUUUCCUCAAGAGCUUGUGGAUAUUCUGCAAACACAAAACACUGUUCUGGACACUGGAAUGAGAAUGACGUUCUGCAGGGCACUAAUAUUACUUCGAAAUAAAGGACUUCUGGAGCCAACUGCACUCUUGAGCUUGUUUUUUCAGCUACUGAGAUGUCAGGAUAAAGCUUUAAGACAAUUCCUCGAAAACCACAUUAUAACAGAUAUCAAGAAUGUUAAUUCCAAGCACAAGAAUGCAAAAAUUAAUACUACGUUGCAAAAUUUCAUGUUCACCAUGUUGAAAGACAGCAAUGCACGAGCUGCAAAAAUGUCUAUAGAUAUAAUGAUUGAACUGUAUAAAAAAAAUGUCUGGAAUGAUGCUAAAACUGUAAAUGUCAUUUCAACUGGAUGCUUUUCCAAAGUAACCAAAGUCAUGGUCGCUAGCCUCAAGUUCUUCUUAGGAUCUGAUCCAAGUGAAGCUAAUAGCGACGACAGCGACAGUGAUGAUGAACCAAACGUAAAAGAAGUAAUAAUGGCUAAUAAAGUCAAUAAGAAAUCAAAGAAGAGAGAAAAGCAGCUGAAAAAAGUGAAACAGCUGUAUGUGAAAUCGAAAAAGAAGAAGUCACAAGCACCGCAGUUCAACUUUUCAGCGCUACAUUUAAUUCAUGACCCACAAGGCUUUGCAGAAAAGUUAUUCAAGCAGAUGGAAAAAAAUAAUGAUAGAUUUGAAGUGAAGCUAAUGACCUUAGAUGUCAUAUCCAGACUCAUAGGCUUGCACAGUUUAUUCUUGUUCAACUAUUAUCCAUAUUUGCAGAGAUUUUUACAGCCGCAUCAAAGAGAGGUAACAAAACUACUGCAAUUUGUUGCACAAGCAUCUCAUGACUUAGUGCCUCCAGAUGUGCUAGAACCAGUUGUAAAGACACUUGUUAAUAAUUUUGUCACUGAGCGAAAUUCUGCAGACGUAAUGGCCAUUGGAUUAAAUGCGUGUCGUGAAAUAUGUUCACGCUGCCCCUUAGUCAUGAAUGAAGAUUUACUGCGAGAUUUAACUCAAUAUAAAAAUUAUCGCGAGCGAAGUGUCAUGAUGGCGGCUCGAUCUUUAAUAUCUCUGUUCAGAAAUACAAUGCCAGAUCUACUGCACAAAAAAGAUCGAGGCAGACCGACAGAAGCUACAGCUGAAUUACAUACCUUAAAGUAUGGAGAAGUAAAUGCCAAAGGAUUUGUACCAGGUGCCGAGGUUUUACUUGAUAAAAGUCAUAGUAACACAAUAGAAAUAGAUAGUGAAAACAGUGAGGAUGAAAAUGAAUGGUGUGAUGUAAAACAUAGCAGUGAUGAAGAAAACGGUGGGGAAUGGGUAACCGAUGAUGAGGAGGAAGGUGAGGAAGAUGGUGAUUCAGAAGAAGAUGGUGAAGGGAACAGCGAAACAGAGGAUGACGAAAGUGGUAGUGAAGAUGAGGAAGAGGAUGAAGGUGAAACUGAAGAUACUAAAAUCACAAAUGAUAAGAAGGAUAAGAAGGCUAAAACAGAAGGAGCUGAUAUCGCACCUAUAAAAUCAAAAAUAGAUAAGAAGAGAGAAAAAUUGGCAAAAAAAUCACAGAUGAAAGCUGAUAAGAGAAAGGAAUUAACGGCAGAGAAGAAAGCAAAAGCAUCCCAAAUUUCGGUAGAACGGCUUCUUGGUGAUGAAGAUUUUCGAAAAAUUGAUGCAGAACUUGUUAAACAACAGGUGACUCACUUUAAACGGGGUAUCAAACGACCACUUGAAGUGGAUCCCAACAAAGGAGAUUUGGUAAAACUGGCAGAUAUUGAAAACAUUUAUAAAAAACGUAAACAUGAUAAGCAAUCCAGGAUGGAAAGCAUAAAGAAAGGUCAAGAUGGAAGAGAAAAAUUCGGCUACAAAGACGGAAGGCAGAAUCCACUAUGCAGCAAAACAAAUCGCGAGAAGAAAAAGACGAAAGCUUUCCAGAUGGUCAAGCACAAAGUACUUGGUAAAGUCAAGAGAUCGUUUAAAGCUAAACAGAUCGCGUUGCGGAAUCACUUGAUAAAGCAAAAAAGGAUGAAAUAGUUACAUACUUAAUAUACAGUGUAUUACGACAACGAGGUAUUUUAAUGUCGAUAAAUAGAUCUAUUUUUAUGCUGAAUCAAUUCUCUUAGAAACAUUUACUACUAACAGUUGGUACGAUUGACGUAAAAAGUAAACGGUGUAUACCGAUCAAUUUUCUACAUCAAAAACGGCGUAUAAACUUCACAGAUAAUUCAAUACUAAUCAGUAAUGUUUCUGGUGAUGGUGCAGACGGAAAUCCGGAGUGGCGUAUCUGAACUGUUACAAAGUAAAAAGAGAACACAUGAGAAAUACCGUAAUUUCACCGUACCAUGUAGGAUGGUAAUUGUGUUUCAAUAAUGAUUUCUGAUUUAUUCUGAAUAUAUUGGCUAAUUGUAGCAAAUUGAUAUCAACUUAACUUUUAAUUUCACUAUUUCGGUAAUGUCACUCAAGUUUGGAAAAAAACUAUCGCGAAGAUUGUUUGUAGUGUAUUAGCGGUAGAAUGAUAAAGUGGAAAACAAAAUUCAAUGAUAAAGAAGACGCUGCUUUCAGUACCAACCGAAAUGAUAUUAUUUGCAGUAUUGAACUGUGAAUAGGAUUGCCUUGACUUUCUAUUUCUUCUAUUGAAGCUCUGCCGUUGAAGCAAAUAGGAGGUGGCAAUGUGAUUUGGCUUUUAUUGUAAUAUUGAAUAAAAGUCUGUGCACGAGAA